AUGAAGCACGGAAAGGAAGAUCUGAGAAGGAGGCUCAAGAAAGUACACUCGGUCAACUUUGGCCAGAACACUGAGGCAAACAUCGUCAGGACGAGUUUUGACGACACAGAAGUCAAUCAGACGUCGCUAAGACAAGAAGAUGAAGAGAAAGACGAUACAUCGACUGCACAGGAUACCCCAAGAGAUCGCAGAUCGUUUGAUAUGCUUCAUGACUUCGUGGUAGCUACUGGAGGAGGGGCUGGAAGUCUCAUUGGGAAACAACAGUGCUUUGCACUUGGGGUGAAGAAGAUCGAAAAGGGCAAAGCUGAAACCAAAGUUUCUUUCAGGUAUCGCAUUCCUUCUGGUUUCUGCGAAGGGAGGUUGCCAAAGCACGCAAAGGACUCGCAGAAAGACGAAUCGUUUACCUCGUUCAUAUCCCCGGGUGAAGGCUCUGACGUCGCCUUCGGAUGCAUCUCCUGGGAUGCUUCUGAGAAUCCUGCAUCCUACAUCAGAAUCCCUCGGUUGGUCACCCCCAUGUCAAGGGAAGGGAGGGGAGCAGCGGACGAGGCAAGGCUAGCAUCGCUGGUGGUUUUCUUCAUGGAAAAAGUCUGGCACUUGCGGCCGCCCAAGUUGCUCAUCUCCCUUAUCGGGUCCUCCCUGGACUUUGACAUGAACGUUGAGUCCCGUAACGUCUUCUUCAAGCACCUCGUCACGGUUGCCAAGAGCACUCGCGCCUGGAUCACGACCAUUGGGAUCGACGCUGGGGUAGCUAAGAUGAUCGGAGAAGCUAAGAGAGCUUGCGAAGCUGAUGUCCCUCUUAUCGGGUUCUGCCCCUGGGGGCUGAUAGAGGGACGGCAGGCGCUGUGGGACAAUCCCGCUGACUGCCGCGUCCUUCCUCACAUCGAGAAGUUGCCGGUGAACAACUUUGGGGAGCACGAGAAGAAGUUUGUGACAAUGAAGCCGAGGGGAGUGAACAGCGUCAGAAUGAAUCGAGAUCAUUCUCACUUCCUCCUCUACGACGACGGCUCAAUUGGGGAGUUUGGAGGAGAGACAAAGCUGAGAAUGGCAGUGGAAGCUUGUAUCCAGCAGGCGGACAGGGGUGACUUGAGCAAGAUCGGAAAGGAGCUUGCUGCAAGGGGGCUCGGAUGGCAGCAAGCAACUCUGUCUUCUGACGAGUCUGCACAUGCUGAGGAGGUCAACUCUGUGUGCGUCUGCGUGCAGGGAGGGCAGGGGACCGUAAAGAAGCUGUUGGAGUCUAUAAGAGCUCGUACUCCCGUCCUGCUUGUCAAGGGGUCGGGGAAGGUCGCAGAUCUGAUAGCAGACGCGUUUCACUACAAGAAACACACGCACAGGCCGAUCCCGGGGCAGCAGAGGAACUCUCUGGCGUCGGACGAAGAGUUUGGACGUGCUGGAUCUGUCGCAUCGACCUCGAGCAGUCAUGUUUCGUCGGCGUACGAAGUCUCAACCAUCAUGCAGAGACUGUUCAUCAAUGACCCUGACGACGAGUGGCUCCAGUCUGAUGUACAGAAAGCAUACGAUGUCGACUUCAAGGCUGACUUCGACGAGACCGUUCUCUCCAUCCUCGAGAUUGCCAGCUCCGAACUUUGCAAUGUAUAUGACGUCACUAACGAGGCUGCCAACAAGGAGCACCACGAGCUUGCAGGGGCGAUGCUGACGUGCGUUAUCAACAAGCAUCUUGACGAAGGGUCUUCAUGGACUGACCUGCUCUCACUCAUUGUCGCCUGGAGGCACGUCGGGACGCUGAAGCACGCGCUCCGCAAGCUGAGGACGAGGGAGAAGAAGACGGUGCUAGCGUUGGAGGAUGCGUUUCAUCAGGCGUUCCUCAGUGACGAGGCUGAGAUGUGCGAGCUCAUGCUGAGAUACCACAAGUGUUCUUCCAUCUACGAUCUCCGCAGGAGGGGGGAGGAGGACCUGGAUGUUGUCCUGCGGCAUGCCUGGAUGUUGAAGCAGCUCAACAGCGAGAGCGUUUGUCAUAAGUGGGCUAUCCUGUCGCUCAAGUCCUUCAGCCAGCUCGGCAGCAAGGGCAGGAGCGUCCCUGCUGUUGCCUACUGGAACGGCUUGCUGGCCGAAGCGCAGCAGAUGGGGGAGGACAAUGUGCGCUUGUUCGAGAAGGUGUUCAAGUACGUCAUGGGCGAGAACUGGUGGUACAAGGCGUCGCAUCUUGGACCAACAUUCGACCUGUUCCUCUGGUCGCUACUCAUGAUGCGGUUCGACCUCUCCAAGCUCUUCUGGUCCAAGUUGGAUGUUCCUGUGAGGGGAGCGCUGCUUGCCUCCACCUUCUACCGCAAGUGGAGCUCCUUGCCAGACGUCAAGCCGCAGGUUGCUGCCGACAUGCAGGCCUUGGCUUCCAUCUUCGAGCAGAUGGCCAUUGACGUCCAGCACAUCGCCGACUCCAUCGACAUCCGGCAGUCGCUCGAGAGCAUGGAGCGUCCCAGCAGACUGUGGAAGGGACAGAACGGAGUCGACCUGGCUAUCCUCGGCGAUAGCUCCUCCUUUCUCGAGUCCUGCUGUACUCAGGCCAUAGACUACAUGUGGAGUGGUGACCUGCACCCUUACAACCAGGCGCUUGGCCUCUACUCCUCAGUGUUCCUAUGUGUGCUUACCGGCGGCUUUCUUGCCCCAUCCUUCCUCAACUACCGCAGGCCUCCCGCUGCAGAAGCUCUCCGCUCCUCUGUGCAGAGGAUGAAGAUCCCCUUCGGGUACCGGUCGCAGAAGCAUGUGAGGGAGGGGUACAUGGACAGCGAGUUCCAGGAGAACGAGCGGCUGAUUUUCUUUCUGCACCAAGAGGCAGCGAAGAGGAUGAUCGAUUCGCGAGGAGGGCAAGGCUUCGAGCUAACAGAGGAAGACAUCAAUCACUUCAAGGACAUGACGGACUCGGAGGACAACCGCUUACUGAGUUUCUCUGACAAGUACUUCCUCUUCUUUCUCUCCCCCAUCACCAUCUUCUCGCUCGACGUCAUUCUUCAGCUCAGCAUCAACAUCAUGUUCUCCUUCUUCAUCUUCCAGGACGAAAAACGCGCAGGAACUCGAUCCUCGAGGUCUGUCUGA